UUUAAAAAGAGUUAAUACGAGCGUAUUAUAUUAUAUAGCCUAAUAUAUAUUUUACAAAUAUUUGCGAAAUAUCACUUGUGUGCAUUGUUAUAGUCAUUUUGAUUUUUUUUUUUAAUCAGGACUUUUAUUUUGAAAUUUGACCUUUAGGAUUUAUUUAUGGGCCAGAAUAACGCGUGUGUGUGUGUGUUUUUGUCAACAACCCUGUGAUUUACGUCUGAUCAUCUACACGCUCAGCUGCGACUCAUUUCAUUAGUGUUUGGGACAGAGAGCUGCUCCUGUCUCUCGUUUUGGGUCCCUGUCUCAUUUGUUUUCAGCAAUAAGGACAUAUUGUGAAACCACGCGUGUGUUGCUCGACAUCUCUGUGAGUUUUUGCAUCAGGAAUAAUUUCAUAUUGUCUCAGGAAUCAUGACUUCUCAGGUGAGGCAGAACUUCCAUCAGGAGUGCGAGGCGGCCAUUAACAGACAGAUAUACCUGGAGCUCUACGCCUCUUACGUCUACCUGUCCAUGGCGUAUUAUUUUGACAGGGAUGACAAGUCUUUGCCCAAUUUUGCCAAGUUUUUCCGCGAGCAGUCUAAAGAGGAGCGAGAACAUGCGGAGAAACUGAUGAGCCUGCAGAACCAAAGAGGAGGACGCAUCUACCUGCAGGACAUCAAGAAGCCGGAUCGGGAUGAGUGGGGAAGUGGAUUGGAAGCACUGGAAUGUGCUCUGGCUCUGGAAAAGAGCGUAAAUCUGUCCUUACUGGAGCUUCACAAGGUGGCAACUCAACACAAUGAUCCACAUGUUUGUGAUUUCCUAGAGACGCAUUACCUGGACGAGCAGGUGAAGUCCAUUAAAGAGCUGGCGGACUGGGUGAGCAGCCUGCGGCGGAUGGGCGCCCCCCAAAACGGCAUGGCCGAAUAUCUGUUUGACAAGCACACUCUGGGAAAGGAAAGCUCUUAGACAAUCUCACUGUGUUUAUAAUGCAGUCAGUCCGCUUUGCAUGUCAUGCCAUAUGAGGGUCACACAGUAGUUGAUUAGAAAUCAUGCCCGAACCCUUUAUAAGCCAUACAGUAGAAACAGUCCAAACAUUAUACGCUAUAUUCUAUCAAAUCAUUCAAAUGAGUUGAUCUCAAUAAAAAAUAUUACUAGUGAAA